UCAAAAUGGCGGCGGCAAAUACACUGUGUUUAUUUUUCUUGUUUAUAUUUUAAUCGGUUGCUAUUUCCACUUCUUAGACGUAUAAAGCUUUGACUUUUUCUAUUUUUCUUACACAUCUAACAUGGAUUCCUCAAUAAACAAAUUCCAGAUUGUAUUUUUGAUAGACGGUAACCUUGCAACGUGCGAGGAGUGUAAUCAUUCAAGUGAAAUUUCAAUGAUAGUUACUCGAACUUUGUUAUUCCUAACUGAAACUUGUAAACAAUCUAAGCCCUAUUAUGAUGGGAUACCUAAUAGCAAUGGAUUGGGUAUAGAUCUAGGAGUACAACAAAGUACAAAGGCAGAAAUCCAAUGGGGAUUUAAAAUGUUUAACUCUGCUGUUUCUGUUCUUAAGAAAAUACCUAAUAACACUAAAUUUGAACAUUUCAAUGAAGAAUCAGUAAAAAACUUUGAAAAAGAACUAGAUGUAGCAUUUAAAACUAUGCUCUUAAAGCCGUUAAGUAGUGGGAAUUCCUCAAAAGUAUUGUCAUCAACAAGAUUGUCAAGCAGCCAUGCAUAUGAUGCAUCUAGCUUUUUGUCGAAAGCACUGACUGAAAUUGUACAUGAUUUCAACUGGAUUGAAAAUGAAACACCCAACUACAACUUUGACACAUCUCCUGUUUCUAGAUCUAGAUCUACUAGGAAAAGAGUAAAUAUUGAAACAGAUGAAAAUAAUGUGAAAAAAAUUGUAUUUCUACUAUCAAGAUCACCAUCAUCUCAAAAAGGAUUGCGAAGAUUCUCAAAUAAAUUGAUAAUGGAUGCUGAAAUAUUUUUGGAUUCAUUUAUGUCACCAGCUUUGCUUAAUGAAUAUCAGAAUAAAUUUAAAAUCUCUUUAUACUGGAUUGAUAUGGCAUCACAAAUCUGCAAAUCCAUCCUCGAAAUGGAAUGUAAUGAAAAGAAUGAUACUAAAGUGAGAACAAUUAUAAAAGAAACAUUCAAGAUGUUGGGAGGAAAUUUUUUGUCCAAAUAUGACAUUCUUAGGGAUAUUCCUGCAAGUAAAGAGAAUUUCUUUGAAAAAGAUGUUCAUUUGACAUCAAUGCAAAAUUUUUUCAACCUCUUACCUGUGGAAGUUUAUCUUUCUCAACUCAUAAAAAAAAAUAGCUUGACUAGUGAUUCUCCGCAGGUUUCAUUUUCUGGACCAAGAUUAAAUGAAUUUGAUGUACAGUUGGUGCCACUGACUAAAGAGCUUGAAACCAGGGGAAAAUCCAUAGAUAAAUCUUUGGAUCUAAAACAGGCCAAAAUAAGUUGGAUGGGUUGUGUGCCACAUAAAGAUGUUGUCCAUCUCUUGACCACUAAGAUUAUUACCUCUUACAUCCUGGACUGUAAGAAAAGUGAUCAACUUCUUCACCUGCACAGUUUGCUUCAACAAAGCCUAACACUGGGGGUGCUAACCAUAAAACUUGCUGACCAUGAUACUGUUUAUACUGCAAUCCUGCAACCAUUUACCAGUGGUAUUGCAAUUUUGUCGUUGUUAAAUAUGCCAGAGAGUUUCCAUGGAGAACAUAAGAUUCUAAAACCAGCAUUUGAGGGCCACAAGAAGGAAACAUUUGAGGACUUCAAGUCUCGGCUGAUAAACAAAUCACUUAGGGAGGGACAAUGUGAACAACAAAAAGUAAGAUCAGAACCUAAUGUGGUGCAAGCAGAUACAGUUUACCAGUCUCAUUAUCUGAAUUCUUGGUAUAUGCCUGGUAGUUUGGCUAACAUGUCUUCAUUGAUUUCAAAACUUAAUUUAAGCUCUGGAAGUCUAGAAAGUACUUCCAUGGUAAAUAAAGCUUUCUUUAAAGAACUGCGGAAACAUUACAUAAAAGAAAAACAGCCUCCAGAGAUAGUUCAACAUUAUCAGCCUUCAACUAGUACACCUCUCUGUGCUGUUCGAAAGAAAAAAGCAGAUUCUGGUGACUCUGAAGCAAGUUCAAGGUCAUCUAAGCCCAAUAUGCGCACGCUUAGGUCGUCAACACUUAGUCGUGGUAGAAUGAUGGUGGACAAAGCCAUGAGUUCCAGUAUUCAGACUGUUGGAGAUACUGAUACCAGUCUACAGUCAGCACCUUGCAGUCCUGAUAGAAGAUCUUGUAACUCCAAUGGCUUUAUAGAUACAGAUUUUAAAAGUGAAGCAGACUUAAAAAACUAUCUAGUGAAACAGUAUGAACAAGUGUUGUCUGCUGGGAUAGCUGUUGAGAGUACAGUGAGAGUCAUGGUGAGCGUUGCCACUGGCUACAUGAACAGCCUCCAAUACAGCAACCCAGAAAAGUGUGCUGCAGCCCUUGUAAAGAAAUAUUUGGUGAAGACUUGUAAAGAAUUAAAAGACAAGUACACACAGAAUACUGACAGAAAUAGGAAGAUAGCAGAGUAUAAAUUACAAGUGCUACUUUUACUUGAACUAGAAUUUGUGACCAGGAAUGAUGAAGCAGAUCAUGAUGCUGUUCUAAAUGAGCUCAUUCUGUUAUUGAGGGGACUCAUGUUUGUCACAGACUCCAAGUAUUUGAAUGACUUUCUCUCAGAGGUUCUUAUUGUCAGCUAUGCCGUGGCUCUACCAAAACUUCUGACUGAUGUGUAUGAUGAGCUUAUGUUGCCUCUGCCUCCUGCUCUGUCCAAGUUUGCUUCCCCUGUUUCCUCCAAAGCCCCAAUGUCUGUGUUGAACGAGGACAGCUUUAUGUCUGCACCAAGCUCCACCCAGCCAUCUUCUCAUCUCUCUGACCAGGCAUCCCAGCCAGCAAGAUCAAGAUUCAAACAACAUCCAAGUAUUUCAGAUUUUCGCCAUUCAAAACAGAUUCUAGUCAAACCUAAACAAAAGGCAGAGCCAAAAAGUUCAACCAAAGAGAAAGUGAAAGUAAAAAUUCGUAGUUCCCGCAGGAGACAAACUGUCUCUUCAGUGCCUCCUGAGGUUGGUAGAGCAAAAAGAAAUUUGUUUUCUGACCAAAAAAGAGUCAGUCAAACUGUAUCAAAGGAGGAAGCCAAACGAAGUUAUAAGAAAAGAUCAAAACAUUCAGGGAAGCCAAAGACUUUAGUUCUUGGAACACCAUCACACAAACAGACAUCUCAAAGGUUUUUACGUCAGCAGGAGCGAAGAAGGAAGAGUGAGAAUUUUAACCCUGAUGUCAAAGUUAUUGCAGAGUCCCCACUUAAAGCUGAUGAUGAUCCAUCCCUGGCAUCUGCUCUCACUAAAUCAGCUGGACAUUUAUUAAGAGAAUCAUUUUACUCCUCCAGCUCACAGCCAUCCAGAAAUUUCAGUCGUUCCCUCGAACUCUCACAGAAAAGCUCUAAUCAAAUCAAUCUUUCUCAAGAAAGCCAGUUCCUCUUGUCACGGUCCCAAGGCACUCUGUCCAGUGCUUUAAGAGGAGAUUCACCCAACAUUUCACCAAAGACAAGGUUUAUAAAAUCUUUCUUUGCUUCCCCUUCCCCUGAACACAAGACAAAAUCUUUACUAAGGCGCUCUCCACGAAAGUCAGCCAAGAGAUUAGAAUUCAAAGAAUCAGCUGGCAGAGCAAGUACCGGUACUGAAAAUGUCCAUUUGAUAUUUGAUGGGGAAAAUGCGAAUGACUUUAAUCUGUUAACUAGUCCUACAAAGAGGAGAUGUUAUGGAGCCACGGGGUAUAAGACUCCAGAGAAACAGAACAAGAUGCUUCAAUGGGACACUGCUUCUUGCCCUCCACUCAUGGUAACUCCUGAUAAAAAACCAUCUUGUAUUGCUGAUGAGUUGGGAUUUAAAAAUGCCAUCUCAAAAAGUGAAGACAGGCGGCAAGCAGAAACAAAAACUCCUGUUAAAAAUAUGGUUUUACGUUUGACCCCAACAAGAAAACAGAAUAUAACAGGCGAAUUUUCCACACCAAUUAAAGGUUCAGGACCAACUUUUUCUGCAAAUUCUAUAACACUUAGUAAUCAUUUAUCAAGCCCAACUAAAAGUACAGCAAGAUUACUUCCUAUGACCAGCUUUCAAUUCACUCCAAAGAAAGGUGGACCCCAUGAACAUACUACUCCCAAAAAGCAGCAUGCACUUGUCCACACCUCUGUAGACAAGCUUGCUACUCCUAGUAAAGUUAAAUUUUCAAGCACUGAUCUUGCUGGCCCCACAUUUGAAAGAAUUCCACCUCGAACAGAGACAGCCACACCUAUAAAAUCCAUCCUCAAAAACUCCCCACUAAUGAAGGAGAAACUUGCCAAAGCUGCCCGUAGGGUUGAACUGCAAGCUGUUACCACACCAUUGAAAUCUUUUACCUUUGCAGAGAGAAGCCAACCAGAGAAUAAAACUCCAAAACCGCAAAUCUUUAGCCGACUAGAACAGGGCUAUGCUUCACCUGAGGCUGGGAAAUCCUUUUCUCCAAGCAGAUCUCAAGAUGUUUUUGGAAGAGGUAGUGCUCCUGCUGCUGUAACCAUACGCACACCUUCACCGAGGUGCAAAGGAAAGUCGGACUCUAUCAACACAUGGGCUCGUAGGAAGAAGUGCAGCACCAAGCAAUACUCCCCUCCAUCUAAUUCUGCAUCAUCUCCAGCUAAGUCCUUUCUGAGUACUUCUUUGUAUCUGCCAAACCCACAUCAUGCUUUAAAAGAGAUGCCAAAUACUGAGCCGCAAGACACCCCUAAAAAAUCAGGGUCUGUUAGUGCACCUAAACAUGCCAGAAAAAGAAGUUUGUUUCUCUCGGAUGAGGUGGUAGGGUCUCCUAGCAAGAGGCUCAAGAAGUCAGCAGAAGGCUCACCUCCCAAAUCAUCAUCACUUGUGAAAACAGAUACCAUAACUUUUAACCCAGGGAGUAGUCCCCAGCUCUUUGAGGAUGAGAAAGACAAUGAUUCUUACAUGCCAGACUUUCAGCCCUGUUCUUCUUCAGUAUUUUCCCAAUCCAGCCAGUUGUCAGGCGGCUCUCUCUCCCAGUCUUUAGGCUUUGUCCACUGUGUAAUGACUCCUGUCAAACGAAUGACACGCAACUCUUCAGCGGCUGCGGAUGAAGGAAGUCAAGGCUUUCCUGUUGCUCUGCCAAUCAGCCAGUUACAAGAUCAAUGUAUUAAAACUGACAGGCUAACUGCAGACACUCCUCCUAAAGCUGCCAAUGUUCAGUCUGACUUGGUCAACCCAGACAAGAAACAUUUCUCACCCAUGCUAUCCCAUAAUGGCUUACGGACACUCAUUGCAUCUCCUCUGCUGUCUCCAUCUUCUAGCAGCCACAACAUUUCUAAAUCAAUUCAUUCCAAGUCCAGAAAACAUUUAGACCUUCAGUAGAGCUUUUGCGUUUUAUGUGUUCAUGUCAUUGUAAGCAAAAACAGGAAAUGAUUUUUAAUGUAAUGCCUAAUGUAAAAUGUAUUCAGAUUUAUACAUAUAUAUUUUGCAUCACAGUUCUCAGUUUGAUUUCUACCAAACUGUAUUAUACAAUUAGUCAUUUUUUUUUCUACUUCAUAGGAUCAGUAUUCUAGUAACCAGGAUUUCAUUGAAAUGAAAUAAAAUAACUAUUUCUGUAUCUCUAGGCAUUUUGCGUCUCUCAGGGACGAUUUUUUCCCUUUGCAACUUCUUGUGUGACUAAAGAGGCCAAUCCUUGAUGCACAGCUGCGAUCGCAGGUUGGGCAUAUGUAAUCACCAGGCGCCGUUGCAUUUUCACCCUUCUUUCUACUUCUGUUGUGUAUGACUUCUGCAAUCCGUGACCCUUCUUUUAUGAUCUCUCUCCAUGUGGAUCUAUCCAGUGCCACCUCUUCCCAGCUGCUAGUGUCGAUUUUGAAGAGUUUCAUGUCGCGUUUGCAUACAUCCGACGGUAUAACGUAAAAGUGGGCGACCAGCGGCUCUCCUGCCUUCUAUUAGGUCGCCAUACAGAAUGUCCUGUGGAAGUCGACCUACUGGCAUUCUACGAACGUGGCCAAGCCAGCCAAGGCGUCUGCUGCUGAUAACAGAGCGGAUGUCUUGGCAUCCUGCUCUUCGAAGCACUUCCUCAUUGGUUAUUUUAUCUUGCCACUUUAUUUUAAAGAUCCGCCUUAGGCAUAGGAGGUGGAAGACAUUCAGCUUUUUUUCCUGCCAUGAGUAGGUUGACCAUGUUUCACUUCCGUACAGCAAAGUGCUCAACACACAGGUCCGGUAGACUAGGGCUUUAGUACUGUUAGUCAGCAAUAUGUUGUCCAAGACUCUUUUCUGCAACCGUGACAUGGUGGCCAUUGCCUUGGCUAUCCUGUUGUUUAUGUCUUCAUCCAGUAGAGUGUUGUUGGAUAUGAUGGAGCCAAGGUAACAAAAGUGAUCAACAAUUUCUAGUGGUUAGCCAUUAAUGCUUACUUGAGGUGCAGUGUUUAUAUUUUGGACAAGUAUCUUAGUCUUGCUUUGACUGAUGUUGAAGCCGAACUUCUGGCAAGCAGCAGAUAGUUUGUCAACCAGGGACUGUAUACUGCAUGUAUAAUUUAUGGCACAUUGGGAGCUAGUCAUUCUGCUAAUAAAAAUGGAUACUUUUUUUUUUUUUUGUUUGAACUCACAAUGAGUCAAAUAUGAAAGUGAAGUGAGUUAUCAUUAUUGCUAUUCCUGGUCUGUUAGAGAGCUGUUAUAGUUAAUGUUGAGAUAACAUUUCUCUCGAAAGUCAAUGCUACACUACCAUGCCUCUUUGUCAUAAAAAAAAAAAAAGAAAGACUUUUUAAAGUUGUAUUUCUCUGCUUUGAAACAUUGGCUACAAAAGUUGUUUGUGAGUACCAGUUCCCACAGUGGAGCGAUAGGAAGAAAUCCCAUGGACUAAUGCAGAGACUGUGACAUUGUGUCUCGACACAAAGAACUACUGGAACGAUGAGAUGUAAACAUUGUUGAACACUAUACACUUCACUCAGUAACCUUUGACCUUUAAUUAACGCGCGCUGCUCUUCUCAGUGACAAUCCAGAGUAUUUUCUCGUGCCAUUUUUUGUACAACUUUUUGUUUUUGUUUCUGCUUAUUUGUAAACAGAGCAUACGUCUCCUACCCUAUAGACACAAUUUCUAGUUUUAAUGUCUGUAGGUUGAACAGUAUUUUUUAUGUUUUAAAAAUCAAAUGGACAACGAUUUUUUUUGUUUUGUUUUAUAGUCUGUAAAUAAUAAUAAUAUGGUGUCAUUCGA